AUGACCACCGACGGUGGCAUCUGGGCCGUAUCGACGGUUAUGACGCGCCAGAACAAGGUUCCAGUCAAUCUGGCCGAGCUGGACGGGAUGGAUUACACUCUCGCCCUGAUUCCCUUCUGGGACAUGGCGAACCACGCAUAUCCCGGCCUAUCUCCGACCAAAGCCCGCCACGUAGCCGAGACGUGCUACAAUCCCGAACGCGAACAACUGGAAUGUUCUCUGCCCCACCCAGUGGACACCCAAUCCAGUGAGCCGAUAUUCAUCUACUACGGUACGCGAACCGACGCGGAGUUUCUCGUCCACAACGGAUUCGUAUAUCCGCAAAAUCCGUACACGAGCGUACAGAAGCGAUUCGCGCUUACGCCUGCAAUCCCACUCUUCAAGGAACGCUCCCAUCUGCUGGACCUGCUGGGCAUGCCGACAUCGGGCGUGUUCUCGUUCGGGCUGGCCGACAAGAGCCGGCUUCCGGUACCGAUCGCACCGGAACUUAUGACACUUGCGCGCGUUUCUACCAUGACCGAUCGCGAGCUGGAACAAUACACAACGAUGGAACCGAUGUUGCGACAGGAACUGAUCGCUUGUGAACCGCUGCAAGUGAGCCCACUGAAUGAACGUGCGGAUCGGUGGUUGGCAACGGUCAUGAAGAUCAUGCUCCGGCGUUACGCCACGACGAUCGAGGACGAUGAGGCGCUGCUUAAGGCGAACCGACAGAUGCACCACAUCCGCCGGUUGUUGAUCGAGUAUCGAAUCGCAGAGAAACUAACGCUGCACAGCUGGGUGGCCAGGCUGUGCCCAACGGUACCGGUGAAGGCCGAGUGA